AUGGACUAUUAUGAAGAUGAUUCUGACUAUUCAAUAGACUAUGAGUACCUUGGACCUCGUCAACCAAACUAUAGAAAUGAGAAUGAUGCAGAUUCUGAUGCUUCAGAAUUAUCUGCUCGGUCUUAUCAUGAUGGUUUCGAUAUGUGGGAUGAAGACCCCUAUAGCACUAAUGACUUUACUUGGCAAUCCAAUGAUAUGCGACUGACUGGGUCUAUCAAGAAACGACAAAAAGAACUCUAUCCAUGGCCUUCAUUUUGGAGAAAAGAAAAAGGCUGGCCUCGACAACUGCCUGCAUCCAAUUCAACCACAAAUCAUGAUCAAUCAGCCAAUGCACUCUCAUUAGUGUCUUCUGAAUAUGGCACACAAGAGAAAUUACAUGCAGUCUAUCGAGACAGGAUUAUAGAAUGUGGUCAUGCCGCACAAGAGACACAGAUAUCCACGACCAAUACGACUACCUUGUUGGACCAUGAAUCAGCCAACAACAAGACCAGUUCAGACCAUACUACGUUCAUCAGCACACAUGCAUCCAUACCUGUCAAACACACCUAUAUUCCUAUUGUAAAUACAAAUGGCUUUAUGCCUUAUACCAAAUACAUUCAACGCACACCUUCUCCUCAAGCAUUUCUCGCUCUCUCGUUUGAACCCAUGUGUCUAGCAGAAAAAUAUGGCUAUAUGGCUAUUGGUGGUAUCGAAGAUGGUCUACACUUGAUUUGUGUGGGUGAUGAAGCGUGUAUCUUUCAUUUCAGUGUUCAGACAGGAUUUGUAUUGAGUGCACCUCAAAAGAUCAGCUUGACUCCAGAGAUCUUGUCGUUGUCAUUCACACCCUCACCGUACAAUUAUGUGGCAUGGAGUGCGUCUUCUUUGUUUUUUGCUCAUACCUCAGAUACACAUAACUCUGUGAUUGUGUGGAGAACAAGGCCCAAGAUGGAAAUGGUCUAUCGCAUUGAUGCUGGUGGAUAUACGUAUGCAAUCCAGUUUCAUCCUGAACAAGAAGGUGUUUUGGUCUUUUCAAAUCGAUAUGGUUAUAUUCAUACUGUCGAUCUAGAGACUUGUAUCUUACGAAAUCAACCCGAACUCAUCCUUAAAUUAUCAGAUCAACAUAGCCAACAUGAAUGCCAUCCUCAUUGUCUUCAAGGCACAGAUACAAUCCAUCAUACAUGUCAUUUGCUUGCAAGACAUGAGAUCACCAUGGUGUCUUUUCGAGGCGAAAAGAAUCGACGCCUUCGUAUUCUGGCUAAAAUCAACGGUCUUCAAUGGUCUCGCGAUGGUACUUUACUUUACGUUUCUACAAAAAAGCGCGUACUGGCUUACGAGUUUCUAUCGAGUCGUGUCUGGAGCUUAAAGAAGAUUGCCUCCCAAGCCGCCUUGCGUUUGUUUGAAACAAACCUAGGGAAACGCAAACGAGAUCAAGCAUCAUGGCAUGAUCAAUGGGCAAAGAUACCCCCUCAUCUUCAAUCUAGUGUCUUGUGGAAUACACAGUUAGCUAGUCAUUGGUAG